AUGGGCAGAGCGGUGGAAGUUUACGUCUCCCCAGCGCACAUGUUCCCAGCUGAGUGGGCAGUCUGCAGCUUAGGACUCACUGGCCCCCUGCCUGGGUCACCGCCUCCUGCAGAGCCCCCACCUGGUGGAUGCAGAUCCCUGGACUUCCAGGAUGAAGCUCGGGCUCCGGAAGAGAAGGAAGUCAUCAGAGGGCAGUAUGGCAAGCUCACCGAUGCUUACGGCUGCCUGGGGGAGCUCAGGUUAGACUCGGGUGGCACCUCCCUGAGCUUCCUGGUGCUGGUGACGGGCUGCGCGUCCGUGGGCAGAAUCCCAGAUGCAGAAAUCUACAAGAUCACGGCCAUCGAGUUCCACCCUCUGCAGGAAGAAGCCCGGGAGGAGGACCGCCUCCUCGCCUUGAGGAAAAUCCUCAGCUCGGGCGUGUUUUAUUUCUCCUGGCCCAACGACAGCUCCUGCUUUGACCUGACCGUCCGGGCGCAGAAGCAGGGUGAUGACAGCUCCGAUUGGGGGACCUCCUUCUUCUGGAACCAGCUGCUACAUGUGCCCCUGAGGCAGCAUCAGGUGAGCUGUGGCGACUGGCUGCUGAAAGUCAUCUGCGGGGUGGUGGCUAUCCGCACCGUGUAUGCCUCGCACAAGCAGGCCAAGGUCUGCCUCAUCUCUCGCAUCAGCUGCGAGCGUGCCGGGGCUCGCUUCUACACCCGUGGCGUGAACGAUGAUGGCCACGUGUCCAACUUCGUGGAGACAGAGCAGACAAUUUACAUGGAUGAUGGAGUGUCAUCUUUUGUCCAGAUCAGAGGCUCCGUCCCGCUGUUUUGGGAACAGCCAGGCCUUCAGGUUGGCUCCCAUCAUCUGAGACUCCAGAGAGGCCUGGAGGCCAACGCCCCUGCUUUCGACAGGCACAUGGUUCUUCUGAAGGAGCAGUACGGGAAGCAGGUGGUGGUGAACUUGCUGGGAAGCCGAGACGGGGAGGAGGUUCUCAACAGAGCGUUCAAGAAGUUGCUCUGGGCUUCUUGCCACGCCAGCGACACGCCUAUGAUCAAUUUUGACUUCCAUCAGCUUGCCAAAGGUGGGAAGCUAGAGAAAUUGGAGAACCUGUUGAAGCCUCAGUUAAAGCUACACUGGGAUGACUUUGACGUGUUUGCCAAGGGCGAGAAUGUAAGUCCACGUUUUCAGAAAGGCACUCUGCGGAUGAACUGUCUUGACUGCCUGAACCGAACCAACGCUGUUCAGAGUUUCAUCGCACUCGAGGUCCUUCACCUCCAGCUCGAGAGCCUGGGGCUGAACUCAAAACCCAUUGUUGACCGCUUUGUGGAGUCCUUCAAAGCCAUGUGGUCUCUGAAUGGGCAUAGCCUGAGCAAGGUGUUCACAGGCAGCAGGGCCCUGGAAGGGAAGGCCAAGGUGGGGAAGCUGAAAGAUGGGGCCCGGUCCAUGUCUCGUACCAUCCAGUCCAACUUCUUCGAUGGGGUGAAGCAGGAAGCCAUCAAGCUGCUGCUGGUUGGCGAUGUCCACAAUGAGGACUCAACAGACAAAGGCAGGAUGCUUCUGGACAACACUGCCCUUCUGGUGACUCCCAGGAUUCUGAAAGCCAUGACCGAGCGCCAGUCAGAAUUCACAAAUUUUAAGCGGGUUCAAAUCGCCGUGGGGACCUGGAACGUGAAUGGAGGGAAGCAGUUCCGGAGCAACCUCCUGGGGACGGCGGAGCUCGCAGACUGGCUGUUGGACGCUCCCCAGCUCUUGGGAGCUGUGGACUCUCAGGAUGACAAUACCCCAGCCGAUGUAUUUGCUGUGGGGUUUGAAGAGAUGGUCGAGCUGAGUGCUGGGAAUAUCGUCAAUGCCAGCGCCACCAACAGAAAGGUGUGGGGUGAGCAGCUUCAGAAAGCCAUCUCACGCUCCCACAGGUACACUCUCCUGGCUUCGGCACAGCUGGUGGGCGUCUGUCUUUAUAUCUUUGUGCGUCCAUACCAUGUCCCAUUCAUCAGGGACGUGGCCAUUGACACAGUGAAGACCGGCAUGGGGGGAAAGGCUGGGAACAAGGGCGCCGUGGGCAUCCGCUUCCAGUUCCACAGCAGCAGCUUCUGCUUCAUCUGCAGCCAUCUGACGGCCGGGCAGUCGCAAGUGAAGGAGAGGAAUGAAGACUACCGGGAGAUCACGCACAAGCUCUCCUUCCCUGCAGGGAGAAACAUUUUUUCUCAUGAUUACGUGUUUUGGUGUGGUGAUUUCAACUAUCGCAUAGAUCUUACUUAUGAAGAAGUCUUCUAUUUUGUUAAACGCCAAGACUGGAAGAAACUUCUGGAAUUUGAUCAACUACAGCUACAGAAAUCAAGUGGAAAAAUUUUUAAAGACUUUCAUGAAGGAGCCAUUAAUUUUGCACCCACCUACAAGUAUGACGUUGGCUCUGCCGCCUAUGACACAAGCGAUAAGUGUCGCACCCCGGCCUGGACAGACAGGGUGCUGUGGUGGAGGAAGAAGCGACCCUUCGAUAAAACGGCUGGAGAAUUCAACCUCCUAGACAAUGAUCUAGAUGGCAGCACCCAAGUCAGGCACACAUGGUCUCCUGGUACCCUCAGGUACUAUGGCCGCUCGGAGCUGCAGGCGUCUGACCACAGACCCGUGUUGGCCAUCGUGGAGGUGGAAGUGCAGGAAGUCGACGUGGGUGCCCGGGAGAGGGUUUUCCAGGAAGUAUCCUCUUUCCAGGGUCCUCUGGAUGCCACCGUGGUGGUAAACCUACAGUCACCAACCCUAGAAGAGAAAAACGAGUUUCCCGAGGACCUGCGCACUGAGCUCAUGCAGACCUUGGGGAGUUACGGGAACGUUCUGGUCAGAAUCAACCAAGGGCAGAUGCUUGUGACCUUUGCCGACAGCCACUCAGCUCUCAAUGUCCUGGACGUGGAUGGUAUGAAGGUGAAAGGCAGAGUGGUGAAGAUUCGGCCGAAGACCAAGGACUGGCUGAAAGGCUUGCGAGAGGAGCUCACUCGGAAACGGGACAGCAUGGCCGCUGUGUCCCCCACUGCCAACUCCUGUUUGCUGGAGGAAAACUUUGAUUUCACCAGCUUGGACUAUGACUUAGAAGGGGAUGUCCUAGAAGAUGACGACGACUAUUUGGUGGAUGAGCUCCGGCAGCCUGUGGUCUCAGACAGUGAGCUGGGCAGUGACGAGCCCCCGGAUAACCAUGGCUCCGUGGCGCCUGUCAGCAAGUCACCUGCACUGAGGAAGAAGAAGCAACAUCCAACGUACAAAGACGAUGCUGACCUGGCGGAGCUAAAGCAGGAGCUGGAAGCCAUGGGGGAUUUCUGCCACCGUUCUACAAGCAGGUCUCUGUCCGUCCCCAAUAGGUCCCGGCCACCUCACCCACCGCAGAGACCCCCCCCUCCAACUGGUUUAAUGGUGAAAAAGUCAGCCUCUGAUGCAUCCAUCUCCUCCGGCACCCACGGGCAGUAUUCCAUCUUGCAGACAGCUAAACUUCUGCCCGGAGCACCUCAGCAACCACCCAAAGCUAGGACUGGAAUAAGUAAGCCUUACAACGUCAAGCAGAUCAAAACCACCAAUGCUCAGGAGGCAGAGGCAGCGAUCCGGUGUCUCCUGGAAGCCGGUGGAGGUCCAACAGAAAUGCCCAGUUCAUCCCUCAGUGCCGCAGCCCUGCGGGACCAAGGAUCCCCCAAACCAGAUCGCACCCCCGGGAGCACCAAACUGGACACUUCCCAGGGGCUCCUGAUCCUACCUCGCCGGCCCGCACCCAAGGUUCCGGUCAUCAAGAAGCCAACCUUGAGGAGGACGGGGAAGCUCCUGUCACCAGAAGAACAGUUUGAGCAGCUGCCUGUCCAUUUUACAGUUGGUCCCCCAGACACAAGUCUUGAACCCCCUCCUCCGUCAGCACUCCCUCGAAUUCCACCUGUUCCCAAACCGAGAACAUUUCAGCCCGGGAAAGGCAUCGAGCGGAGGCCCAGCAGUGGACCACCAGCGCCGGAGGAGGUCCCGGCGGCAGGAGCAACCCAGCCACCUUCCGUCGCGGUGCCCAGGGUGCCCCCGCGGAGAAAGAAGUCUGCACCCGCAGCCUUCCACCUGCAGGUCCUGAAGAGCAGCAGCCAACUUCUCCAGGGCCUCACGUGCCACCGGGACGGGGCGGGCAGCUGCCCACCCGGACGCCAGCCGGACGCCAGCCCUCUCUGCACACAAGUGGGCUUUCUUGACCCUUCGUCUGCCACAAGCCCCCACACUGAUGGCCCCAGAGACCCAAAGCCAGACGCAGCCUCUCUUCUUGAUGAGUAUCAGGAUCCCUUCUGGAACCUUCUCCACCACCCUAAACUACUGAAUAACGAAUGGCUUUCCCAGAGCUCUGACCCUCUGGCCUCAGAAGCCAGGAGCGCUGAGAGAUCACACAGGGACCCUGCAUGUGUGGGGACCCAGGAUCUGUCGCUAGACCUUGAGGAAAAAAACUUCCGCCACUGGGCGACCAUCAGUAACAAAGACAAGAGGACCACGCUGCAGGUGUUCGACCCCCUGGCAAAAACAUGACGCAGCACCCACGCAGCAGACCGGGCCUA